AUGUCUCCCAACUUACAGCUCUCCCAAAAUACAUCGGCAACGUACUGUCUGAAGCAAAAUAUUACUCAGACACACAGCUAUCAUAUAGCAGCUCUAGAAACUGGUUUGGCAAAUGUGACGGUAUUGGUGGAAACUGAAAGUGGCUACAAUUUACCUUGCGGGUCUGAAACUAUCAUUUCCAAAAGAGAUGCAGUCUUUAAGAGCCUUAUGAUAGAACCAGAAGGUUAUUUGAUGACGAAUACUAAAGCAGUAUUAUUAUGUGCGAACAGUGAGCAUUUUGACAAAAAUAUUACUUGGAAUAUUUAUAUUCCACGCGAUAUUGUUUCUCGUACUGAAAAAGUCAGUCUUGCCAUCAAUGCCGAUUUGUUAGGAGAAACUAUAGAGAAUUUACAUCAGUUACUGACCAUUCCAUCAGGUUGUGGUGAACAAAUUAUAGCUUCAAUGGCCCCAAAUCUAUACAUAUUGCGUUAUCUUAAUGUAACUGGCGGUUUAACUGCUUCAACAAAACAAAGAAUCAUGAGAAACCUCAAAAUAGGUUACCAAAGAAUACUAAAUUAUGCCCACAGCGAUGGAUCUUUUUCAGCUUUUGGCUACUACGAUCCGUCAGGAUCAAUGUUUUUAACAACCUUUGUCGUUAGAGUUCUUCUGGCAGCAAAACCUUAUAUUUAUGUAGAUCAAAGAGUCAUAGAUAAGGCCGUCAAUUGGAUUUUUUAUCAUCAGCUCGAAAAUGGUUGUUUUGACACUAUGCAUCACGUUUUCCAAGAUAUGGGGGGUACUAACAUGGAAAACAGUACGGCGGGCCUGACAGCGUAUGUUAUUUUCAACUUAUUUGAUGCUAACGUCAACGUACCCGAUGCAGUGCAAACAAAUGCCAAGUUUUGCAUCAGAAGCCAACGUAGCCCAGAUAAAUAUUCCAUGAUUAUAAGCAGCUAUGCUUUAUUUAAAGUUUAUUGGCUUAGUGAAGCUAGGAGGCUAUUAGAACAAGCUAUUUCUUUAGCUAAUAUUGAAAAUGAUAUGAUGUGGUGGAGUACAAGAGGAACUGAUGAAUCGUAUGCCUCUGACAUAGAAGUCACUAGUUAUGCCUUACUAGCACUAUUAGAACAAAAAACACCUGAAAAUAUGGCUUACGCUCACUCAAUAGUGCAAUGGUUGGCUUCAAAAAUGGGGCCUACUGGUGGAUUUAGAUCGACUCAAGACACUAUUGUCGCUUUGGAUGCUCUUACAAAAUACGCAGAGGUUAUUCACAGCGAUGAUAUUGACCUUACAAUAAAUUUGGAAGCUCACCAAGAAAGUCAAAUAUUUAUUUUAAAGAAAAAUAAUAGGUUGAAAUCUAAAUUGGUUCAACUUCAAAGUAAAGACGGUGAAGUUAAGUUGCAACUCAGUGGGGUUGGUUGUGUUUUAACACAACUGAUAAUGUCAUAUUUUACUACAAACAUAUCAGAUACGGAGGCCUUCAAACUAGCAGUGGAAAUAGCUCCAGUUUCAAAUAUCGAUGCUUGUUCAAUUAAAAGCAUUUCCCCUUGUGUUGCUUACGAAGGACCAGAUAAAAUGUCCAAUAUGGCUGUGAUGGAAGUAGCUUUGCCUUCGGGAUUCCAAGCUGAUAGAAGUUCUUUGUACGAAUUGAUACAGCCAGGAAAUAAUAUUAAAAUGUUUGAAGAAAAAGACGAACAAAUUAAUUUUUAUUUUACUAAUUUAGGUAAAAAUCAAGUGUGCUUUACUUUUAAUAUCAACGAAAAUGUGCCAGUGGAAGACAGGAAGGAAGGUCUUAUAAAAUUGUACGAUUACUAUAGGCCGGAGAAUAGCAUACUUCAGUUUUAUAAAAUUAUUAGUAAUUGCAGCAGGAGUUUCAUUGAUGGAGUGGAAGAGGAAGUUGGAACAGAUGUCAAACCUGAAUCAUAUGUUCGGAAAAAUGGAAAUGUUGUUGGAGAUUUAGAAUGUUUAUACGUAGUUGGUAAUAGAACUCAACAAAAAACUAACGUUCUGACGUAUGAAAGAGAUAUUAGCCAAAACCUCUCACAAGAUUAUGAAGAAGUUACUCCAAAAUGUAUUCAAGUUUCAAUAGAUGAAACACGCAAAAAACGAAGUUCUGGAUUAAAUAAUUCAACAUCACCCAAUUGUAUGUCAGUACCCUUUUACAGAGUAUCUACAAAUCCAAGAAUGAACAAACGAAAUAAAAGAAACCCAAUAUGGCUAAGAUAUAAGAGAAAUAUCCUAAAUAAUGAUUUUGUUGAUUUGGAUUUUGAUAUGGAAGCUCCUAAUUGCAUAAACAUUCCGUUCUAUGUGCCAUUUCCGUCGCCCAAGAAAAAUUCAACAAACGAAGACAGCCAAAAUCAAGGUAUUGGUAUUGUACGGCAUUCAACCAAAGGACCACAUCCCUUACAACCUGGUGGUUUAUACGUGUAA